GAGUAAACAUCGACUUCCCCAUCUUCGAUUUUUCCAAUUUGUUUCUGCAAUCCCGUGACGAGAUCGGAACCUUCCUGUCAACUGCGUCUCCAGGAAGCACCGCCAUCGUCUUCCGUUGCUCCGAAGCCACGUCGUCCGGUCGCCGCCGCCCUAGGGUUUGUCAUGUUCGGUUCCUUCUUUCUUGAUUUCUCUCUACCGAGGCCGAUUGAACCUAGAUUUUCUCCUGACCCUAAUUUCUAGCCCCUUUGGUUGUUUUACUUAUCAGUCACUUGCUUCUAUGAAGUGGAAUAUGUCUAAAUCCUUUCGUUAUCAGAUCAGUCUUGGAGUUUACAAUUGCUUUUGUUCUUUCAGUUAGGGUUUCUAAUUUCACCUGAUUCAUUCUGGCAUGUACUCGAUCUUCUGAAGAGGUGUCAACUUUGGGUAGAUUGUCAGGAGCGAUGCUUGUUAUGGUGAUUCAGCAGGGAUAUCAAUCGGAUCCUUCGAUACGCGGACAAUGAGUUUUCGAUGCUGUGUGUAAGGGCUGGGGUUGUUUGUUUUGUUUCUACUCACAUGAUUAUCAAGGUUUUCCUUGGUAGAGCUGUGGGUAUAUGUAUCCAAAAGGAAGAGACAUUCCUUAGUUCUUUCUGUUAUAAUUAUUUGAUAAAUAAUAUUGCGUUAAUAAGAAAUCUGAAUGGGUAAAUAAUUAUUUGUAUCAGUUAUAAGGGGAAUAAUUCAUAAUACUCUAUUUACAUGGCAAAGGGAAAUAAUCAUAAUAAUUUGUCCUCUUGGUGACACUUUCUCUUUAUUUCGUUUGAUCCCGCAUCUUAAAUUCUUUGAAACUAAUUUUUAUCCUACUUGUGUAAAUGAAUCACAUCCUUCCAUUCCAUGUAUUUCAAUUGGAUCUUUCUCUCUCUCUUUUAAAGACAAAAAAAAAACGUGCUGUUUGAACUGAAUUUUCCAUCAUGCAAAAUAUUGCUUCCUCCCAAUUUGUACUAAAAGAAUGUGUAUGUGCUGGGAAACAUUUCAACAUCAGCGUUCCUUCCAUCCUGCCAUUUCAACCAAAGGAAAUGACAUGUAAAAUAGUCUCUUAGAAGCUUUUCCUUAGGCCGCAUAUUUCCUUCCACCAUAGAAAUAAUGACGAUACUUCUAUUGUAUGAUAUAAAAUUCAUUAUUUCUUCAUUUUACAAUGAUUUAAGUUAAAUUUAUAAUAUGUUGGGUAUAACUUAAUUUCUUAAGGGGUUAUGUUCACUUUCAGUGUUGGUUAAUAUUUAGAUUGUAUAAAAUAAGAUUCAUAUCACACCAAAUUGAAUCAUCAUGUUUUUUCUCAUUUCCAAUUCAUAUGUAAAAAUUUUAGCGUUUUACAUGAUACAAGUUGUUAAUUGAAUGAUCACAUUCCCAUAAUUCCAAGUUGUCUUGCUUUUGUGGCAGAUUAAGUAAUGCAUUUGUUCUUGAGCUGGGGAUGGUGUAGUGGCAAAUGUAAUUAUCUUAAUAAUUUCUAUCUUCAUACUGUUGGCUAGAACCAAUGGUUAAACCUAAGUUUUGAUAAAUGACAAAUGAAUUAAAGUUAGGUGUUGUGUUAUUUGACCUUGUUACCAAGUGUCCAAGACUUACGGGUCCGGAGAACCUGACACCAGACUGAAAUCUAGCUAGGUUUGUUGGACCUGAUAGCUGGUAUGGAAGUCCAGAUAAGUCAAGGAUUGACCCAAUAUCUUGCGGGAAGUCUGGCUGGGUCUGUGGGACCUGAAGCUGGCCGAAGUCCCGUUGGAUUUCUGACUUGACAACUUGCGAAGACCUGGUGGGUCAAAGGCAAGUCAAGCGAUUCUGCAUGGUAAGUAAGGUAAGUCACUGGAGGAGAGUGUUCUAUUGAGGACGAGUCUUAAUUAGGGACUUUAGGCGCAGGUCCAAUUUAAGCCCAUUUUAGAAUCCUUAGACUGUGGCUAGAUCCUGGUCUUGGGAAGACAUGAUCUAAUUAAUAAUAUUAUUUUAUUAUUCUGCUAACUCUGUUUGCAAUAUAUAGUUUGUUAUUUGGACUAACGCAUUUUGCAAGAAGAAAAGUGACUCAAGCCUCAGGUGAACAGUGAUCCGAGGCGCCUCCUGUUCUAGUGGAGGCGGCUCGAAUGCUUCAGUCGAAGUCGCCGCACAGAAGGGCCCGGAGGCGCCUCCCAUGCGGAUGGAGGCGCCUCCCAUGCGGAUGGAGGCGCCAUGAAGCUUGGUGCUGGAGGUGCCUCGGAGAGCUUUGAAGGUGCCCUCCAGAGGAUAAAAUCCACAGGUUAUGGGUUUGAUCGAUUCCGAAGAUAAGGGGAUAAAAGUUGCUACUGGAGGCGCCUCAGAUGAAGCUAGAGGCGCCCCUAACAGUCCAUAUACGCCCUGUUCGAGCAGCCUUCAAGAUACAUCUUCUCUACGAACUACAAAGACCUUUAUGCUACGAACAAGUUUGAUUGCUGCUGUACUACUGCUGUCGGCAGAUCGACACCAACUCUUGAGCACUUCCGAAUCCUCUUUCUACGAGUUGUUUUGGAAAAGGUUUAUAGUGGAUUGUUCGUCGAUAUGGUCCGAGGGAUCGUCGGUCUUGGAGUAGGAGUCGCCGAAGGCUCCGAACCAAGUACUUGUUUGACCAAUAUGAGGUGUUAUAAGGAGUUGUUUCUGAUGGACUAGGUGCUGAGUGUUACACAAAACCACUUGGUAUCACUUGACAUGUUCUUUGAAAGCAUCUAAACUUGUUUGAGCAUUAUUUUGAGUCACAAUGUCAAAGGGUCAAUACCAUACAAGAAUUCAGUCAGGGAGGAGAGCACUUGAAAAAUGCAAAAGCAAGACAAUUGAGAUCAUUGAUAUUGAAAGAGGGAAAAAUGUUAUAAUAGAUGCUCCAGAGUCUUUUCAUCAAGGUUCUGGUUCCCUAAAGGUUAAAAUUAAUGAAAUUCCUUCUGUUGUUAUACACAUUGCUGAUGAAGAGGGAGAAAAUGAUAAGCUUCAUAGUAAUGCAUAUCAGCAUUCCUCAAACAGCAGAGUGUGUCCUCUGUUUGGCAGUCAUUCAGCACAACAAGAAUUAGAUGAUGAAGAAUGUGUAAUGUACUCGAAGGAGGAUCUUUCCUCUUCUUACUCUAGUAGAAAUGGGUUCCCACUGUUUGGUUCAUCUAGAACUCCUCAUGUACUAUUUUCUUCUUGUUCAGAAAGCAGUUCAUCCAGAAAUGAUAGUUCAACAUUUAACACUUCUGGAAGUGAUGAUUCUGAUUUUGAAGUUGAAGAUAUUAGUGAUCCAUGAACAGUGGGAAAGAGCUGCUCUUAGGAGAAAAAAAUCACAAACAGUGAUAAUGAGGUCUGAAGAUCAGCCUAGUGUAUCAGGAUCAAGUUCUGAUCCAGGAUUGUCACCACCGGAACCUACUCAAAAUAUGGUUGAUUUGGAAGACACUGUAAACAAGAGCUUCUUUGAGCAUUCCAAAGUAUCUCCUUGUAAGAAUGGCAACUUCUUUGAGCAUUUCAAACACUCUCAAAAUGUUGAUAACUUGGAAGACUCUACAAACAAGUUCUCUUCUGAACAUUUUAAAGCAUCACCUUCCAAGUGCAGUUCAAGUCGUUCAAAUUCCAGAAAAAAUAUUUCUAAUAUGACCAAUGGUAAAAUCGGGAAUGAUCCCUUUUUUGGUAAUAGCAGAAAAGAGACUCCUGUUGGUUCUGAUACAUCUACUGGAAUCAGCUGUGAAGUGCCUAGUUUUCAGAAGAAUAAAUCAUUAUAUGAAAGCAGCUCUUUGAGAUCUCAGACCUUUGAAACUCAUGCUGAUCUUAAUGAAACUAAUACUCCUGAUGUACAAAUGCAGGGGAGCGCUACUGUCAGUGUUGAUGGGUUUAGUCGCAUGGGAAAAGCUGAGAGAAGUCCACCAGGAAAUUCUCCCUCCGCAAGUGCAAUUAGGGAUGAAAUGGACUUCCAGUAUGAAGAACCUAAUCCUGGAAAACCAACCAAAGCUAUGGAUUCAAAGCACCCUAUGGCUGGCUGCUCUUAUAAUCAUAGUGAGAAAGAAUAUGACCAUUCUGCAGAAUCACAACAUGACAACCCAGGUCUCCAGGAAAUUAAUCCAGGGGCAAAGGGGAUGUCCUUUGUGCAACAGAUCAUUCAUUCAAUGAUCCAAUACAUGAUGAACCAGUAAUCAAACAUAGCGCUGAUUUAUUUGGCUAUGAAACUGAAGCCAUUCAUGGAAAAUCUACUUCAAAAAAUGAUACAGAAAAUGGAGCUCUGUGCCAGAACUUAUCUUUACAUGGAGGCAUGCAAGAUUUAUCUUUGUCCUCGGACAACCUUACUGGUGACCUUGAAAAGCAUAAUGAAAUUGUGAUGAAGCCAAUUGUACCCAAGGAUCAGAGUGCCCCAAUAAGUGAACGUGAAAAAUAUAAGGAAUCUGAUGAAUUCAAGCGUGCUGCUGAAGAAGAAUGGGCACAAAGGAAUCGUGAGAUACAGUCUCAGGCAGAAGAAGCACAGAGAUUGCGGAAGAGGAAAAAAAGCUGAAAACCUGUGCUUAUUAGACAUGGAGAAAAGGCAAAAGCAACGGGUAGAGGAAAUCAGAGAAUCACAGAGGAAGGAUGAGCAGACGAUACCUCUGAAAGGACUUAGCCGUGCUGAAGUAAGAAAAGAGCUGGAUAAGAUGGAAUGGAGAUACAGGGACAUGGCUUCACUUCUUCGGGGGACUAGGCAUCUCCCAUGUCACACGAGAGUGGUAGGGGAGCUGUCGUCGCCGAAGGAGCAGGAUCGCUUCCUGCCCAUCACCAACGUUAGCCGCAUCAUCAAGAAGGCACUCCCGGCGAGCGCCAAGAUCUCCAAGGACGCCAAGGAGAUGGUGCAGGAGUGCAUCUCGGAGUUCAUCAUCUUCAUCACGGGGGAGGCCUCGGACAAGUGCCAGUGUGAGAAGCGAAAGACCAUCAACGGUGAUGACCUCCUCUGGGCUAUGACCACCCUUGGCUUCGAGGAGUACGUCGAGCCUCUCAAGGUCUAACUGCAGCGUUUUCGUGAAACGGAGGGUGAGAAGGGAGGUGGUGGUCCCUCGUCAUCCUUGCCAAUGCCUUACCAGUCGAUGGACUCGGUUGUUGCCUCUAUGGGCAUCGGGACCAAUAUGCCGGGCAUCGGGACCAACUAUGUACGGUGGUGGAAUGACGAUGAUGAUGGGGCAGCAGAUGUAUGCCUCGCAGUCCUCAUCCUUGCCAUAUCAUCUCCCCCAGAUGACCAUGUCGGAAAAGAGCAACACGGCAAGCAGUGGUGGGGUGGUGGUUUCGGCACCGGUUUGAGCUCGCCCUCCUCCAAGUUGGGAUAUAAGUAGCUGGUUCUAAUACGUAGGAGCAACAGAUUGUUUACUUCUGAAACCAAUCGGAUGGAUUUGGCUGGUGCAGUCUCUUUGUUUCUCAGGAAGUUGAAAAUUUGCACUUUUUUGUGUUUUUUUUUGGGCAAGAAACUGCUUUUACUCCCCUUCUCAGCUUGUUUAGAAUUGAAAUUUCAGAAUAUUAUUAAAAAGAUUCCUAAUUUAGUUAUUGCGUC